AUGUGUCUCACUACCUUCUGGAAGCACGAAUGUCACUUUUGCGGAGCCAUCAAGGAGAACGCUUCUCUCAGAAACCCCGCAAUCACCGAUACUUGCUCAGGAUGUGGCGAGCCAGUCGAGAUCGAGCUGGAGUGGCGCCUCUGGAUCUGCCCUCGUUGUGAGGAAGACAGAGCUACUGCGCAGCCCAAGUAUCCCCCUAGAGGGCAACAGCAGGAGCGUGUCGCUGUGUAUGUGUUCCAGGAUGGGACUGAGCCCCAGAAUCAGUAUCGGCGCCAGGAUAGACCUCAGCGCCGGAAUGAACCUCGUUUCCAGGAUGCUGCGCAGUUCCAGGGUGCUCCACGAGCCCAGGAUGCUCCGCGGUUCCAAGACGCUCCGGCGUACGCGCCUUUUCAGAGCAAUGCAGGCGGUCAUCGCGCCGCUCAGCAGUUAUCUCCUCAGCUUCCUGAGCAACGCCCCCAGAACUUCCAGACAGGUUAUCCUCCCCGUGGCCAGAACGAACCCCGCCGCCAGGGUCGUCGUGAGAGCCAUAGACAUGACCAUGACCAUGACCAUGGCCACCACCACCACCACCACUACUAG